AUGUCCAGACCUUACACACGAUCCAUUGCAAGCGCUGGGAGCGGGUCGGUAAGAAGUGUUCAACCACGAUCCUCGUCCGCGCGUGGAGAGCGUUCCGCCUCGAAUCCGACUUCCUUUACCCUAGACGCGAACCAUUAUGAUACCGCUUUACCACCCAUCAACUUCAGCCAAACACCGAUCGUACACCGACGGACCGGAAGUACGUUGAAAACAGUCAUGCGCAAGAUAUUCAACAGGAAAAGACAGAGCCAGGCAGGUGGAGUGGAGGAAAAUCCAAAUGAGGCGUUUUAUACAUCGGCUCCAAUGAGGAGAUCAGGACCAGCGGAGGGGAAAACAUUCUUGGCUAUUCCUACACCCUCGGAGUCGAAGAGGAGUAGCCCGCUAUCAGAAGAGAACCUGCAAAUGCAAUUUGCCGAGACACAUCUUUCACCAACUGCCAUGACAGGAGGUUCAUUGCCAUCACCUGGUUUCGCUCGACGACGGAGACGGGCUACACUUCCUAGUGUCAUAUUUUCUGACGACGAAUCACGGUAUGGGGUGGCAUCCAGUGCAAUUUCCGACCCACAAGAAGACCGCAUUCACACCCAAGAUACAUAUCAACGAAGGCAUAGCAUGCUCCAAGAUCGUCGACGAUCUAGAAGUACAGAUGCACUCAGAGAGCUUGUAAAUGAGCAGCAAAUGCAACAGGAAAUUCCACAGGAAGUAGUGCCUUCGCCAUGGCCUGCACGCACAACAUCGGUUUCUACGCCUGUCCCCGACUCUAAAUCACCUAUUCUUGAAGGUAGCUCAACCAGUGGACAAUCCGCUAGACCGUCCACGGGUACGACUGUAACCAGCGUCACCCGUGAGUCCGCAGCACCGUCAAUUACUACAUCGGACGGCCGAGCAGAGCAAGCGAGUCUGCCUCCCAACGUGCGCAACCUAGUUCACACAAUGCAGCAAGACGACGGCUUGACAGUGGAGCAGCGUCUGAACACUCUCGAGGUGAAAAUGAUAGAUCUCGAAUUUGCUAUCGCCCGAAUGCAAUCCAGCCCUGUCGACAAUCCUCGCAUAGAACGCUCAUCACGUCAAAAGAAUACCCCAUCAACCGACUCAUUUGCUUCCCAUACACGUAACAAGCCUUCGUCGGGAUACCUGGGCUCACCUGACAACGAGCGCGACCGUGAGCGUGACGAAUCUCCUAGUCCUUUGGCCAAUUUCUCUGCUUCGGUGCGUCCACCAAGCACCAGCACAAUCCGCCCCGAUACCAUGAACUCACGAAUUGUUCGCCCUGCAACAUCUACGACAUCAUUAUCCGAUUUCAACGGUGUCUCGAUCGAGCAGUACAGUACCCUUGUCACACUUCUUCGUCGUGAACAAACUGCACGCCGGAAUCUUGAAGGUCAGGUUUCGGGUCUUAGGGAUGAUCUUCGUCAGAUUCAGCGUGCGGCUCUCCAAUCUAUGGAGAUGGGUACUAUGUAUCCCAUUCAUAGCAUGGAUUCACAGGAGUUCCUUCGCUUCCGUCGCGCUCUAGACGACUCUGACACUCCUUCGCCGGCCCAAACGGCGGGGGAUAGUCGUGCACAUACCGGAUAUGAUGGCGACUCGAAUUGGGCGCCUGAUGACCCGAUCGGGCCCCAUAAAUGGGAUAAUAGCAAUGGACAACGAACAAUCACUACUCCGAUGAUUUAA